AUUGAACAGGUGCUAUGCGUCAUCCGCCAUAACGUUGUUAGUGCGUGAAAGUGAGAUCGUUUUGUGAAUUGUUAAAGAAAAUAGUGAUUAUAUUGUGAUAUUUUUGUUGUAAAAGUGUUUAAUGUGUUAACGAAGAUGACCGAGUGGUACAGAAUGAAGACAGGCUUCAUUAACAAGCACGAUUCAUCGGAAUUGUCCGCUGAAACUUCGUGUGAAAUGUCAGACUCUUUCAAUAUAUUUUCGGACAAUUUGAGUCCGAUUCCAUCGUCAAUAGUACCGAGGAAAUUGGAUUUUAGUAGCUUGGAUGACGACGACGGCAUGAGGGAUGCAUUGCCGGCUCCAGUUUCACACAGCCCUCCGUAUAAAAGAGUUAGGGCUCUCAGAUUAUUCGACAGUCCCCACACGCCGAAGACCCUUCUAGAGAAGUGCUCGACGCCAUCACACCAUCCGCCGCGAUCACGGCUAUUUCCACCUAAAUUAAAUGCGCAGUCGGGCAUGCCAUCCGGAUCCAGCCACCACUUGCACCCGCCGUCAGGAGACGAGGACAGUGCUCUCGGCAGCCUCCCCCCCGACGAGCUGGACGAGUCCAGGCUCACCAGGCGCCAGGUCGCCAAUAUCAACCCCUUCACGCCUGAUGGUCAAGCACUGAACAAGAAGAAGCGAGCGUUAUCCAAAACACCGACAUGGGGCGACGCAACCCCCGAACAGCCUGCCAAGCGACUUAGGGAAUCAAACAUAUCCCGCUACAACAUCGAGUUCAUUGAACUCGGGGUGAUCGGCCGCGGUGAGUUCGGGCGCGUGACUCGUUGCGUCAACAAGCUGGAUGGCUGCGUGUACGCGCUCAAGCGGUCCCUGCGCCCAGUGGCCGGCUCGGCCGCCGAGCGGGCCGCCCUCACCGAGGUGUACGCGCAUGCGGCGCUGGGGAAACAUCCUCAUGUUGUGAGAUACUACUCAGCAUGGGCGGAAGAUGAUCACAUGAUAAUACAGAACGAGUAUUGUGAUGGUGGCUCGCUGCAGCAGAAGAUGGAGAGCGGACCACUUUCCGAACCCGAGCUGUUGUUACUGCUGGCUCAUAUCGCUGAUGGAUUAGCCUACAUCCACUCGCUCCAACUAGUCCACAUGGAUGUGAAACCUGGUAAUAUCUUCAUAUGCAGCGGAGAAGGUCAGCCGUCCCAUGAUUCAGAUGAUGGUUAUGAUGAUGAAGAGGUUCUGUACCAUCAUAAGUAUAAGAUUGGAGACCUAGGCCACGUGACAUGCGUAUCAUCCCCAUCAGUAGAAGAAGGUGAUUGUCGCUACCUCCCCAAGGAAGUGCUACAGGAAGACCUGACGCAGCUCACGAAGGCAGAUAUAUUUGCUUUUGGUCUAACGCUAUUCGAGGCGGGCGGUGGCGGUGCUUUGCCGAAAAACGGGCAACAAUGGCACGACUACAGAGAUGGCAAGCUGCCAGAGUUGCCCAACCUCUCUAGAGAGUUUAACCAGCUUUUGCGAAAAAUGGUAGACCCCGAUCCGUCCGUCCGUCCGUCAGCGGCCCGCCUCCGCCGACACCCGCUACUGCAUCCCGCUGGCAACAAGACCAAGACACAACUGCGCAGGGAGCUGGCCGCCGCCAAGAUGAAGAACGAACUCCUUGCUAGGAAGCUGCAGGAGGCUGCCAGAUGCAUAAAAUCAUUAACGCCGAAUUUAGUAGCCAACCAGGAGUCAGCGAAAUUUCGCACUCGAUCCGCGAAAAGACUGCAAAAGCCUCGAGUCGACACCCACAUAGCCGAAAUGAUACAAUCAGUAACAUCGCCCAUUAGAAUAGACAGGACUUUCAGAAGAACGAAAAAGGUAUAACAUAUUUCACUAAAAAGUUUUUAGUUUUUUUCAAAAGUCGCCUCUAUGGAGAUUUUCUUAAUCUAUGUCCGUUUAUGUCAAAGUGAGAUGACGUUUUGACGGUAAUGUCAAAAUGUGAUGACGUUUUGGCGGUAAUGUCAAAAUGGGUUUCGUGUGUUGUAAGCUUAAAAAUGGACUAAGAAAUAUUCGUAAUAAUAUAGAGCUACUUGCCCC